AUGGCCGCAUACCUCCUUUCCCGGAUAGGAGACCCAAUCUUCGCCCUGACAAUGGGCAUGACGGCAGCCAUAACGCGCAUCCGCCGCGACCAAAUCGACAAGAGCCCCGAAGCUCCGGAAAUCGGAUACGGAGCUGUCGUGCAGCUAGGCCAGAAACGGUUACAAAGGUGGUGGAAUGGGGAUUUUAAAAAUGUUUGA